AUGGUAUUUACUGCUGGAGUGGUUGGGAUAGUGAUCUUCUAUCUUGUAAUAUUGUUUGUUGGAUUAUGGGCUGGAAGAAAAGCCAAACGUUCAGAUGAAGGUGAUACAGAGGAAGUCAUGUUAGCUGGCAGAAAUAUUGGCCUGAUAGUCGGGAUAUUUACAAUGACAGCCACAUGGGUAGGAGGUGGUUACAUCAACGGGACAGCUGAGAACACAUAUAAUCCAGACCAAGGUCUACUAUGGUGUCAAGCUCCAAUUGGUUAUGCAAUAAGUCUAAUAAUCGGUGGAUUAUUCUUCGCGAAUCGAAUGCGUACACUGGGUUAUGUUACAAUGCUGGAUCCAUUUCAACAUAAAUAUGGUGAACGUAUGUGUGGCCUACUGUUUAUACCAGCAUUACUUGGUGAAGUCUUCUGGACAGCAGCUAUACUAUCUGCUCUAGGUGCCACAUUGGGUGUAAUUGUUGAAUUAGAUCAGAAAACAUCAAUUAUUCUGUCAGCUUGUAUUGCAUUGAUUUAUACCCUCUUUGGUGGACUAUACUCAGUGGCAUACACAGAUGUUGUACAACUAUUCUGCAUAUUUGUUGGACUGUGGAUCUCUUUACCAUUUGCAAUGACGCAUGAAGCAACCGUAAGCAUCAGUGAAACUUGGGAUCAAUGGAAGGGAAAAAUUGAAUCACUGGAUUCAUUUUAUUAUAUUGACAAUUUGUUAAUGUUAAUAUUUGGUGGUAUUCCAUGGCAAGUUUACUUUCAACGUGUCCUGUCUUCAAAAACUGCAGAUCGAGCUCGCAUUCUAAGCUUUGUAGCAUCUAUUGGAUGCUUUGUAAUGGCGCUCCCAUCGAUUUUAAUUGGAGCUGUUGGAGCAAGUACAGACUGGACGAAAACUGGAUACAAUACAACAAAAGCACAACCGGAUUCCCCAGAAGAAAUGAAACUGAUUCUACCCUUAGUACUACGAUAUCUAUGCCCCGACUAUAUAGCAUUUAUCGGUUUGGGUGCAGUAUCAGCUGCUGUCAUGUCAUCAGCUGACUCAUCAGUCCUAUCAGCUGCAUCUAUGUUCGCUAGAAAUGUUGUCAAAGCAAUAUUUUGGCAGUCUGCUUCAGAGAAACAAGUUAUCUGGAUAAUGCGUGCUAGUAUCUUUGUAAUUGGUGCAUUUGCAUGUUGGUUAGGCAUAAGUGUUCAAUCGAUCUAUGGUCUGUGGUAUUUAUGCUCAGAUUUAGUCUAUGUAAUAUUAUUCCCUCAACUGAUCUGUGUUCUAUAUGUGGAAUAUUCAAAUACUUAUGGUUCGUUGUUAAGUUAUCUAAUUGGAUUGUUUGUUCGAUUAACAAGUGGUGAAAGUGUACUAGGACUGAGACCAGCAAUUCAAUAUCCAUACUAUGUAGACGAUCCAGCUAAUUUUUAUCAACGUUUCCCGUGUAAAACAUUUGCCAUGUCUACCACACUGAUAGUUAUGAUUAGUGUAUCAUAUGUUACCGAUAGAUAUUUUCGAUCAGAUUCAAAACGAUUAAAACAUGAUAUAUUUCAUUGUUAUAAAGAACGUCAGUCAUUAUCUGGAACUGUAUCGAUUGGUAAUCGUUUUAAUCGUCCAUCGUUGAGAACGACACAUAUACCACGUAGAGGUGAAAAAAUAGAAGUUAAUGAUAAUAAUAAUAAUAAUAUUAACAAUGAUACUGACAAUCAUGUCAAUAAGAGUAAUCCAGAAGAAGAAGAAGAAACGCAAGCAAUGACAAAAGAAACACCGAAUACUGAAAAAUUAUAAUUGAACACUGAUCCGUAAAAAAUGGUUGGUGCUCAUGUUAUGUUAGUGUACAAAUACUAAUUAUCUGAAGAUGUAUUGAUAAAGCUAUGGUAUUAUUAACAACUAUAACCAUUACUGUUAAUAUUAUCAAUGGUAUUUACCACAUAAACGUAUGAGAUACAUCAAAAGAAAAACUUGGGAAUUCAAUGUCCAAUAGUUACUAGAACUUCAAAAAAUGCACAACUGAUUCAUCCUUUAAGAUCCUUCUUGAAUCUCAUUUUCACAAGUUAUUUACUGAUUUUUUUCGGUUUUGUUAUCAAAGGAUUAUUUAUUUACUACUUUUAUUGUAUUUCUUAUUCUCUUCAAUACUCAUACAAUUAGUGUACACACACACACACUCUUACAUGCAUCCAGAUGAAGGGACAGAUGAGAUUUAAAGCUCCAUGGUUGUGAAAAUUCAAAAACUGAGUACAAAUUCUAUACCGUGUUGUGACAUUUUUAUUUAUUUAUUUAUCUAUUUGUUAGCUUAUUAAUUUUUUCAACAUUUUUCAGAUUUUCCGGAUUUCGUCUUUUCAUUUGUAUACUAAUUACUUGAUCUUUGAUACUUUUAUUUAUGUUCAAUUAUUUAUCUUUUUAUUUAUUUAUCAGUCUGUGGGUUGUGACAAAUUCAUUUUUAAACGUAACGCUGUUUUUUAAAUGCCCUCCACUUUUUACUUGUUUAAAACAAGCAUAUGCAGUACUCAAUAUGUAUGCAUAAAUGUAGUCAGGAGCACACACUUAUCAUAUAACUGACUAUUUACCAGUGUUGGAUGUCUUUACAAAAAGUGGUAAAGACUCUUUUCAACAUCUCUUUUGACAAUCUUUACUAUUCAUGUUGAUUAUAUAUAUAUACCAUGUGUAGACAUUUUUAUCUCCUGUUCGUGAAUGGUUGUGACUUUUUCUAAGCGGUAAUAGUUAUCUUUCUGCUCAGUUAUUUGAUUUGUUGCCCUCUUUGAUAUACAUAUAUGCAUUUACAUACAAUAUAACCGAUAAAAGAUCAGUCGAAAUACCACACUACUAUUCAUAUUAUUAUUAGACAGUUUAUAAAUUUUACUACUCUGUAAUGUUAUAUACUUAUAGAGUAGUGAUAUCAAUCGGUUGUGUUCAGAGUAUAAUUUACCCUUUGAAAACACAUUAUACGCAUACACGCAUUCACAUACAUUUACAAAUAUAUACAUAUACAUAGGCAUAUACAUUUAACCAUAGAAAUGUACAUCACCCAUCACCCAUUCACUUGCACCAAUGAAACAUACACACACGCAGAGUGAUCUAAAAGUAUAUUUAUCUUCGUUAAAAUAUAAUGUUAG